AUGUUCCAAUCAGAGCAGAGAGCGUUCGAGGGGGCUGAAUAAAACACUUCUUGGGUGGCACUAUUGUAGUGUGGUGUGCAGAAGACGAGCUGGAGGGUCUUACAGAAACAGCAGCGCACAGGUUCUCUGGGUUUCGCUGGUUGUCAUCUGGUUCUACAGGUUUAGCUGCUGCCCUCCGUGUGAGCCUGUAGGCCGCCGAGCUGCUUCACUAUGAGGUCCAUCAGCGCCGCGGUGAUGCUGCUGCUGCUAACGGUCCAGCUGCUCUGUUUCAGACAGAUUACAGCCGACCAGGAGUCUGGGACGGUCAUUCCCGCAGAGAGCCGGCCCUGCGUGGACUGCCAUGCGUUUGAGUUCAUGCAGCGAGCACUGCAGGAUCUGAAGAAGACGGCUUUUAACCUGGACUCACGGACGGAGAGCCUGGUGCUGAGAGCUGAGAGGAGGGCGCUGUGUGACUGCAUGCCAGUCAGCACCUUAAACUGAAGUGCUUCAGCAUCCAUUACAGCACUGCUAGAAAGCUUUCAGACCAUUACACCGUCCUCUUCUAUACUUAUCCACUUGCGCACUUUCUUUUCCUCUGUGAUCUGAGCAACCUCUCGGUUUUGCAUUCUUACUACAGAACACAACACGAGCAUUUCAAGAAUGUGCUGAUACGCGUGAGCCAGUACUGUCCCAGUGAGUCAUAUUAGAGUUUUAGCUUACAUUUUACAGAUUUUAUAAUUAAUGUUGUGGUUAUGUGUUUAAUGUGGAUGGUCAGAUGUUUUUGUUUUCUGAUAAGAUGCUUCCCAAUCUUAUGGAAAAAACACAACCCACAGCAGAUUGUUUGCACAGUAGAAUCGUUUAGUUUCGCCACUCUGUUUUACGCCUUUUUUCAGCAAAAUGAAAAUGAUACAGAUGACCAAUAUUAGAUAUGCACCAGAUAAUUUUAAUGUAUUUUCAUGUAGAGAGUCUGUAGAGAUGGAUUAAUUUGUAAUACAAUGUGACGUACUGGAAUGGCCUUGUUUUUAGUUUGCUGUGCAUAGAUAAUUGAUAUGGCAUUGAUAUGAACCUGCAUGAAGAAUGAUUACACUCUAGUUUAGCUGUUUUAUAUGGAGAUGUUCUGUCUGUCGUCAGGCUGUACCAGGUCUAAUAUUUUGCAGUCGUUAGUUAAAUGUAAUACAGGUAAUGCUGAUCUGUCACAAAGCAUUAGAUCACCGAAUGUAGCUGCUAUUAUCGAUGGUUUAGAACAUCUGUUUUGUUGUAUUGUUGCUGCCUUUUGUAAUUUGUAAAGAAUUUUCAUUUAUAACACCAGUGGAAUUAAAGUUCAUGAGAGCACUGUACACGUG